UCGGCGUGGAGUACAGACACUGCUGCUGGCGCGGCUCACGCUCGCUCCCGCCACUCUCUGCACGCCUCGCUAAACCACCCUCCCCCUGCCAGUCCACUAUGGUCUCGGGUCGCCCGCUAAACUUCCACCUCCACAAUAUUUGCAUUUGUGCAUACGUAGGUUUCGCGGGAGUGUGUAGUUUACAUAUAUGUUAACGUCAAAAACUUCAUAUUCCGAAGUUUGGGGGAAAGAGAAGUGCUUCUUGUGAAAUUUAGUCAAAAUAUCUAUUUCCUCGAGGAAUUUUAAAUGCCAGUAACGAAAAGAUAAGUUGCGGCAGAUUAGAUGAAGCGAUUAUAUAGAUCAAAAUAGUAAUCAGUGUGAAAGCUAAAAAAUACUUCUUACAAUCAUCAGUAGUUAUAUAGACAUAAUUGUAAAUACAGCCCUCUCGUUUGUGCUCCAAUAUUAUCGAGAAGAAGCCAAUUUCUACCGUCAUUUACUCGAUUGGCGAGAAAAGCCAUCAGAGGGCUUCAGGCUUCGCGGGCCAGGGAUGUGCCCCAAGGGGCCCAGGCCGGGGAUGUGCUCCAGGAGGCCCAGGCCUGGGAUGUGCUCCCGGAAUGACAGGGGACUACUCAGACCAGUGAGAUGCCUCAUGGAACCAAGGCCGAUGGCGUGCCUUAUGGAUCCCAGGCCAGAGAUGUGCUCUACAGAUCCCAAGCUGGAGAUGUGCCCUAAGGAUAGCAGGACGCCCAGGUCGGGGAUGUGCCUCCGGGGUACCGGGGGUCCCAGACCGGGCCCCCAGAGGGGUGCCGCCUGGGUCGGCGUGGCCCUCGCCGCCCUAGUGAGUUCAACUCUUCUCCAAGUCGCCGCCGCCACCAAAGAGAAGCCGUACUUCCUGGAGCCCAUCAGUAACGUGACAGUACCUGCAGGGAGGGACGUCCGCCUGGCCUGUGUUGUCGACCACCUCGGCUCUUAUAAGUUAGCGUGGAUCCAGCGUGACCGCUCGGCGAUCCUGACAGUGGGGAAUCACGUUAUAACACGGAACAAUCGCAUCGGGGUGUCGCACGACGGUCACCGGACUUGGUACCUCAACAUCAAGGACGUCCGGCCAGGCGACGCGGGCACCUACAUGUGCCAGAUCAACACAGCCAUCGCCAUCAGUCAGACGGGCCACGUCAGCGUUGUUGUGCCUCCGUACAUCAAGGACGACAUGAGCAGCCGGGAUGUCUUCCUGCUGGAGGGGAUGAACCUGACCCUGGCCUGCAGCGCCCGGGGCUCCCCGGUGCCAACCAUCAAGUGGCGGAGGGAGGACGCCAACGACAUCCGUGUCAACCUCACCACAUUAAUGGAGGUGCCGGGGCCGCUGCUGCAGUUGACACAGGUCGGCAGGACGGACAUGGGGGCCUAUCUGUGCAUAGCCUCCAAUGGCAUCCCUCCUUCCGUCAGCAAGCGAAUCCAAGUUGAAGUUAAAUUUCUGCCGACGGUGUAUGUCCCGCACCAGCUUGUAGGGGUACCGCUGGGCCAGGACGUGACCAUAGAGUGCUACAUAGAGGCUUGGCCGGCUGGACUUAACUACUGGAAGAGACCGAACGGCAUCGAGGUCCUCCACUCUGACGAUAAGUACGAGGUGAAGGAGGUGGUGGGGUCGCAGAAGUACAAGACCCACAUGCUCCUCACCAUCACCGAGGUCACCCGAGCCGACAAUGGAGAAUACAACUGUAUCGCCAACAACAGCCAGGGAGGCGCCGAGCAGGUAGUCAGAGUCUCCGCCUCUCCUCCGUUUCAGAACAAUCGCAACGCCCUCGAGAAAGGGUUCGAGAUGAAGGAACACACCUAUGGCAAGCCCUCCCUCUCUGCCGUCAACUGGAGCAAAGACAAUGACGCCUCAGGCGCCCUCCAGGACGACCACGACGACCAUCGCAAGUAUCCCGCCAGAACCCCCAUCUCUCAGCAGCGACAGACCACCAAACGACUCCAGAACCCAAGUCUGGAAGACGACUCUUCCUCGCCUCCUUCGUCCUCCUCGUCAUCGUCAGCUUCCUCGUCAGCUGUAAUUUUUCAGAGAGACUGCAACACUGCGGCUUCUCUCACCUCACUGCUGGCAGUAACCUUACUGGGAUGUUGGCGGCUUGAGGCUCUCAGGUGCAGGUGGCACUCAUAAUGAUUCCUGAUUCUUCCUCAAUCCUCUUUUACGUCUAGACGGUGCAUUCAUCUAGGUAACCCUGUAGUUGAAUAGCGAAACUAACUGGUUUGUAACUUAAUGAGGCCAACCUUCGUAUUCUAUCAUAUCAUUUCCACGGUAUGACUCGUCUGUACCUGUUGUUAAAGGACUUACAGCCAGCUGAGGUCAUCACUGAUGGCUAUACAGUACUCAUGGUUCCGCUAGAUAAUCGCCAGAUAAUCUCGUUCCAUACAACAGGAUUACGAAGGUUUUUAUAUUCCUUCCGUAUAACAGAUUAUUGUCAGAACGGUUCACGACCUGUAUAUAGUGGUGUGGGGUUUCUAGGACCCUAUAUAUAUAUAUAUAUAUGUGUGUGAGAAAGCUGCAUGAACGCGCAAGCCAUACAUCACUAAGAACUCUUUGACCCG